AUAAUGCGGUUUACUUUGUCAAGGAGUCUCAUGACUCAUUGUUUUCUAAUUCAAGAUUUCACCACUAAUCGCCAUAUUGACACAAUUUUGACUUUCUGAAAAUUGGAUAAAGCAGUGGAAAAUUUUGAGAAAAUGCCGGUUAGGGUGGAAAUUACACCUCCCCUGCCGGCAAAUUCGAAACAACCAGGUGUAACCAAGUCUUUAUUGUACAAUGGUUCAAAAUUCCAAGGAUUCCAGAAGUCAAAAGGCAAUAGUUACGAAGUUGAAGUGAUUUUACAGCAUGUAGAUGAAGAAAAUUCAUAUCUUUGUGGAUAUUUACAAAUAAAUGGACUCACGGAUGAGUACCCAAAACUAACCACCUUUUUCGAUGGUGAAAUUAUAAGCCAAAAGUAUCCCUUUCUCACUAGAAAGUGGGACGCUGACGAAGAUGUAGAUAGAAAGCAUUGGAGCAAAUUUUCACUGUUCAGUCAAUAUGCCAAAACUUUUAAUUCUGAUUCCUUCGACUAUCUGGCACUUGCUGAUACCGAUUAUGUUUUUAUGAGAUGGAAAGAACAUUUUUUAGUUCCAGACCAUACAAUUAAAGAUAUAUCAGGAGCAUCUUUUGCUGGGUUUUACUAUAUUUGUUUCCAAAAAUCUAAAGCCACAAUAGAAGGAUACUAUUACCACAGAAGUUCUGAAUGGUUUCAAUCUUUGAAUCUAACUCAUGUGCCUGAAAAUAGUAUACAAAUAUAUGAAUUUAGGUAAAUUGGAUGCAGAACAAACAGACUUCCCGAGCGCUGGGCACAUUUUGAACCAUGGAAAAUGUGAUUUUUUCACAAUUUAUUUUGUCUAGAUUUAAAUAUAUAUAUAUAUAUGAUUUCUACCAAACUGAGAAAUGUGUGAAAAGUGAAAACAAAAUCUUUGAAUGUUUUAAUUGAAAACCUAGUUAAGUAAAUAGAUAUUUAAUUGUUACAUUGGAUGUUUCAAUAUAAUUAUUGUAGUACUAUCAAAUUUAUUUACACUAUAAAAUUAUAAUAUUUAUUCUAGUCCAAUAACUAAUUAAGAAGAAAGUCUUGAAAUUUUUUCAGAGUAAUUUCACUUUCACCUUCAAUAUAUAUUUAUAUAUUUCGAGUUCCAGUAGCCUUAUAGCAAACAGCUAACGAGCAAUUAGUUAUAAUUUUUUUUUACUAUGUUAUACUUUUUUAUCUAUUUAUUGGAUUAUCUGUAUGUCUUGUUGAUGUUGAUUUCAAUAAAAUACUACUACUCACCCAAAAAUGUUUACACUCAUACUAAAUUUUAACUAAUUUCUACUAUAUAAACUAUUAUAUAUGUACUACCUUAAAUCUUAUUUUAUAAAUCAGUUUGGUGGGAACCCCAUGUACUUAUCUUUAAGUUAAAAAAGCUCUCUUCACUUAUAAAAUUACCUAAUAUGAGUAUCUUGUAAUUGGAACAUAAAUUUCAUUGAUUUCUUUGUAAUUAUUUAUACAGAAGUAUUUACUGUUUCUCUUUUCAAUGAAAUAAAUUAAACACCAAGUACAAAACUAAUGUAUAAUUAUAAAAAUUGAAUAAAAAACACCUAAUAUUAAUCUAAACUGAAGUCAAUGGAGCCAUUUCCUAAAAUUUUCUAAUAUUAAUGUCAAUACAAGAUAUAUAAUUUUUUUUUUAAAAUUGUUACUCUAUCUACAUAUUGAAAUCCGAUUCAUCUGAUUACUAAUUCACAUCUUGAAAACAGAUCUAAUUGAUCUGAAAUUCAUUAAGCUUUCCAGGAUAAACCCACAACCUCACAUCGUCCCACAAAUUCUAUACAGUUAAAGUCUACAGACCAAGCUAGAGUUACAAUUUUCACUUCCUUGAGGUAAUUUUGUACCACUCCAAUCAUCAUGUUUAGCAUAUAUUAUAAUUCCUGAAUCACAACUUCUUGCAGACCUCUAAAUCAAUACCACCCAAUACGAUAAUACUUCCUCCACCAUAGCUCACUAUUCCAACAAUGUGAUAUUGAAAAAUUCAUUCACCAAGAUGGCGAUACUUUCUUCUACAGUGGUUGUCACUAAAACGACAAAAUUGUAACUGAAUAAAAUAUUGUCCCAUUGGCAUUCUCCCAAGUUUCAAUAGGAACGAGUUGUCACAUGGUUGGGAGUUAGUUCUUACGACUUCAUCCAACUAUCUUCCCACUAUAUUCCAACUAAUGUGCUAAUUAUACAAAUUGCGGUAGUCAAUUCCGCAUUUUUGAAAUAGCUGUGAAAUAUAAACGAAUGCAAUUAUAAUUUUAUCGUGUAUUAAAAAGUUUCGAAAAAAAUUGAGGCUAUGAUUCCCGAUGAGGACAUGUCAAUCUGUUACCUUGGCUGAGUGGAAUUUAUGGAGGGUUUUGAUCACUCCAGUACCUGAAAUUUUGCUUGUUUACAAAUCUCAAUAGAUGAAAAUGUGCCUCGUUGCUCAUCCGGUUUUGCACAGAUUCCUCAUUUUCUUCAACCAUACCCAAAAACUUUUCGCGGAAUUGCCGUUGGUUGGUUUUUGUUCAAUGCUUGAACAAUUUGAAUUUUGUGAGGGUGAUAGUGCAGAUCUUACCUCAAGAACCUUGGGACAGAUCUGUCGAAAAGUUUCAGAGCGGCACUUUUUCCUGCAGCCACCCUCAUACGCUCAACAUUCUCAGGAGUUCGAACGGAUUUCAUACUGCGACCUCUUCUGCUCGUUGUUUCAUCAAUAUUUUCACAACUUCAUUGAACUAGGUACUGGGUGAUUGCCAUUAAUUUCAAAAUGAGUACGAAAACGGCGCUGAGCUGUUACAUAGCUACCGGUUUGAAAAAACGCUUUCACAGCAACCUUGACAAUUCGCCGCGCCCACUUUCUACGUUACCACAGCCAUUUCAAAAAUGAAGAAUUAACUGCCGCACAUUGUACCUGUACGCACGGGUUAUUUUUUAAUUGUAGUAACUGCGAAAUUGUGCUAGUGCUCUGAACACAGCAGAUCGUGUCAUUUCCGAUAGAUAAGUCUUGUUUCGCAAAUGUCUAUGCGGCAGUACGUUCCUAGGUCAAAAAAUCUCUAUUUUUGUAGUCUUUUGGGACAUUUUAACCAACAUAUUGUGGGCACUCUCUCUCUAUCAACGUACGAACAAAACUGAUCUCAAAAAUCCUAAAAAUAUGAUUUUUUAUGAACUUAUAACAAAAUAUGUUCAAUGAAAUGAAAUCAUAUUAAAAAAAAUUAAAGUAGGUCCAAUUCGCGUUAAUUUGCUUUAAAUGUACUUAGUAUAGUAUACGCAAAAACAACUACAACAUAUUAGCAUCAUGUUUUUAUACAGUAUUAAAAACUGAACUGUAACUUUCGUUCAUUUCAAAUCAAUUUCCAUUUAGGUCCAUAGCCUUGUAAUUUAUCUCCACUUCUUUCAGUCUUUUGCUUUUUUUCUCCAGUUUUGAAUGUUUGUCAAUAGUUUCAAGAGUCUGCUAAAAAAAUGCAUUGAGGUCAACACCCAAAUACAUGACGUUUAAAAUCAAUUAUUAUCGAUAUAUCUCCAAUUUCGUAUUACAAAGAUUCCAUGAGUCUUAUCUCAAAAACAAAUUUUUGAAAUGAAUUGUGCCCUGAUGAAUGCUGGAUACUCACAGAAAGCAUAGUUUGGAUGAGACUAGCAGAUUUAACAGUUAUAGUUGAAUUUUUUGCUUUCAGCAGUUAGAAAAAUUUAGUAUUGGUUAGUCUUUUUUUGUUUUCAAUUCAAUCUUUUAAUAAGUAAAUACUCUGUAUAGAUAAAGGGUACCCAGCUUUUAUGUAAUAUCAGCUACAUUUGAGUAUAUAUUUGUAUUUUUUACUUAAUGAAAUAAAAAACCGACUGGAAAAAUUAAAAGUACCUAAAUAGUAAAAUUUUUAAAAAUUUUGACUAAAUACUCUAUAAGUCACCAUUUGUUAUGUAUAUUAUGUAUAAAUGUAUGAAUAUAUUUUUUUUAUUAUAAUUUUUGAUGUUUGGUUUUGUGUUUGAAAUUGAAAAAAGGAAUCCAAAUAAAGGUAAUUGGAAUUAAAA